AUGGUUAGCGAACGGGGAAUAGAUGCAAGUCCUGAUAAGGUGAAUGCGGUGCUUGAGAAGAAGCAGCCAAAGACAAUCCGAGAUAUACAAAGAUUGACUGGCCGAAUGGCAGGGUUAACUCGUUUUAUCAGCAAAUCAGCUGAUAAGGCACUUCCCUUUUUUGUGGUUCUACGGAAGAACAAGGUGUUUGAAUGGGGAAAAGAACAGCGGGACGCGCUAGAGGUGACGAUAGCUGCAGUGUUGGUAGUGGAGAGGAAGAAGCAACAAAUGCCGAUAUACUUUUUUAGUCAUGUACUGAAUGCGGCAGAGCGCCGGUAUCCAAUAAUUGAGAAAAUGGCGUUGGCAGUGGUGGUUGCGGCAAGGAAGUUAAGGCCCUACUUUGAUGCACAUCCGAUAGAUGUUCUAACGAAUUAUCCAUUGGAGAAAUCAUUGCACAAGAUGGAUACAUCAGGAAGAUUGCUGAAAUGGGCUGUGGAAUUAUCGAAGUAUGAGAUACAUUAUAAGCCCAGGGUAUCAAUAAAGGCACAGGCCUUGUCUGACUUCAUAGUAGAGGCUUCAUAUACGGAUGAAGAAGAAGAUAUAGGCACUUGGAAGGUAUCUGUGGAUGGAUCUGCGACAUCAAUGGGGUCAGGGGCUGGCAUAGUCAUAACGUCACCAGAUGGGCAAGUAUUUGAAUAUGCAGUAAAAUUCAAAUUCAGAGCAACGAACAAUGAAGCUGAAUACGAAGCAGCGGUGGCAGGAAUCCAGUUAUCUCUUGCGGCUGAGGCAAAGCGUCUAAUACUUAUAACUGAUUCCCAACUCGUGUCAAGUCAAUAUAAUGGAGAGUAUGAGACACGGGAUCCAGCAAUGAUUAAAUACCUGGAAAAGGUAAAGCAGUUAACAGCACAGCUGCAGUAUUUUGAGGUAAAGCUGGUGCCGAGAGCUCAAAAUGCGCAAGCAGAUGCUUUGACAAGGUUGGCAAGUUCGAGCUUUAAUAACUUAGAAAGAACUGUGAUGGUUGAAAUUCUGGAUGAGAAUAACAUAAAUGAAGCACCAGAACAAAUACUUUGUGUUGAUAGGGCCGCCCAAUGGUAUGAUGACAUACUAGCAUAUCUCAUCCAUGGGGUGUUACCGGCAGAUAAAGGGGAAUCACGAAAUUUGCGGAAGGAUAGUGUAUGGUUCAUUAUGCACCAAGGGCAGUUGUAUAAAAGAAGCUUUUCAUUGCCACUAAUGAGGUGCAUAAGUGAUCUUGAGUCAAAAAGGUUGAUUGAAGAAAUACACGAAGGUACAUGUGGUAAUCACCUCGGGCCGAGAUUUCUAUCAAGAGAAGCAAUGAGAAGAGGCUACUACUAG